AAAAAACUGUUCUUUAUAUGAUGAAUACACAAGUGACUUCAUUAGAUCAACUUACACGUCUUAUUGAGCAACAAUUAGAACGAUUAUCAAGUAUUCAAAAAGAUAUUGGAUCAGCUACAACAGAAAGACAAGAGCAGCUAGUCACUGCCUUGUCUUCAACAGCGACAUGUAUUCAUAAUGAAGUUGACAAAGUCCAACAGAUUAAACAAGACACUCUAAACCAAAUCCAAGACACACAAAAGUCAAUACUUUCCUACAAAAAACUUAUGGGUGAAUUUGCCUCUAAUACAGCCGUUUUGAAUCCAUCAAAAUCACUUUCUGCUAAUCUAUCUGAUCUAAUACAAGAAAAGCAACAAGUAGAGCAAAGAUAUAAUGCAAGACUAGAACACGUGAAUGAACUCUAUCUUCAACUGGAAGAAUUCAAAAAAGCCUUGGGCGAUUUUGUGAAUACAAGCAUGAUGAUGUCCUCAGAUGUUGAUGUGUCUUCUUUAGCUGUGAAUGCACUUGAAGAAGAGAUCAGUCGUUGCGAGAUUGAAUAUGCAAACCAAAAGACUCGUGUGGAAGAAGGCGUGGCUCACAUUCUUCAGUUAUGGGUCUUGAUGGGACUUGAACCACAAUCAGACCAAGAUAAGCUUAUUCAUCAAUUCUAUCAUGAACAAGAUCCAGAGAAGCGUAUGAACCUGUUUCAUCAACUGGUAUCUGAGGACAUCACCACACGUAUUAAACAAUUAGAAGAACAGAGACAACAAGUAGAGUUUAGAAAAGAAGAGAUUGGACAAAACUUGAAGCAUUUAUGGAAUCGAUUGCAUAUGGAUCCACAAGAAUGCGAGACAUUUCUGAUGACAAAUCGAGGCUUCACAUUCAAAGAACUACAGAAUUAUGAAAUUGAAUUGGAAAGAAUGCUCAAAUUAAAACAUGAAAGAAUGGGUGAUUUUAUUCAGACAUCAAGAGAAGAACUCAAGUCAUUAUGGGAUCAACUGUAUUACAGUGACAAACAAAGAGCUCGAUUUGCUCCUGCACAUACAGAUGAAUUCUCGGAUGCCAUAUUAGAAGCACAUGAAAAUGAAAUAUCCAGACUUCAGUUAGAGACAGAAGACUCAAAAUACAUUCUGGAACUGAUUGAGAAACAUAUGCGACUGAAGAAAGAAAUACAAGAAUUUGAAGCAAUCACCCGCGACCCUAAUCGAUUGUUUGGUAAAGGACAGCGUGAUCCUGGUCGAUUAUUGCGUGAAGAAAAGUUUCGUAAACGUAUUUCUCGAGAAUUACCUAAAGUAACAAAAGAAUUAGAAGGUGCCUUACUUGAAUUUGAAGCAUUGAAAGGAUACCCAUUCUUGGUCUAUGGUCAACCUUAUUUUGAUGUGAUUUAUGGGAAUGAUUUAAAGCAAGAGAAUGAGAAACCACAGGAGCCUGUUGCACCACCGAGAACACCAAAAAGAGAAGCUAUGCAUCGUAAACCAUUGACUAGUCCUCGACGUGCAAAGACAAAACCCUCUAUAUUCAAUACACCUCAACCCAAUCGUAUGCGCCAAGUUCAGUUAUCACAGAUAAAAGAACGUAAAUAUGAUACAUCAACCACUAUUCUUCAUCGAGUAAGAGAAACCAAUCUUCGAAAUCAAAAAGUCAUCAAACGAGGACAUAUCUUUGAUGAAUCUGAAGAAGAAGAGGUUGUUGUGCCACAACGUAUACAUCAUAAACGCAUGAAGCCGUCUCAUAGUCAAUCAGACAGUGAUGAUAAUAUUGGAUUAGAUUUGGGCAUAUUUGAUGAUGGACCUGAUUUAAGUGACAUGUCAGAAGCAGAAGAUGUGUAAUUGUAUAUAAUAAAACAAAUGCUUGUUCCUUUGCAUGUAUCAUAUAUCACUUGUAAAACUCUUUGUUUCUUUCAUGUAUUGCCAUCGUAUUAUAUUUGAGAAAUGCAAUGUUUAGAUCUGCCCUGAAGAAGUGAAUCAAGUAAGGCAAGGUAAAAGUUAGCACAUCAAUUGAGACAUAAAACAAUAAUAAAAAUAAUAGAGAGAGCAAUACAUGAUAGCUAUACGGAUUCGG